AUGCCUGUCGUGACGCCUGAAAAACUUGCAGGCCUGCAAAGGCAGUCGCAAGAUAUUCGCAAUAUUUGCAUUCUAGCCCAUGUUGACCAUGGCAAGACUUCUCUCACAGACGCCCUCUUGGCCACAAACGGCAUCAUCUCACCAAAGCUUGCGGGCAAAAUCAGAUAUCUAGAUUCCAGACCCGAUGAGCAAUCCAGAGGCAUUACCAUGGAAUCCUCAGCUAUCUCGCUAUACUUUUCCAUGCUUCGAAGAACAGCGCCAGAUGCUGCGCCUGCACCCAAGGAGUAUCUCAUCAAUCUCAUCGACUCUCCCGGCCACAUCGACUUCAGCAGUGAAGUAUCCACGGCAUCGCGCCUCUGCGACGGCGCCGUCAUUCUCGUUGAUGCAGUGGAAGGAGUCUGCAGCCAGACAGUUACUGUACUCCGUCAAGCAUGGACCGAGAGGCUGAAGCCGCUUCUUGUCAUCAACAAGAUGGACCGACUCGUUACUGAGCUGAAAAUGACGCCUAAUGAGGCCUUCCUCCAUCUCAGCAAGCUUCUGGAGCAGGUCAAUGCGGUUCUGGGUAGCUUCUUCCAGGGCGAGCGAAUGGAGGAGGAUCUCAACUGGAGGGAGAAGAUGGAAGAGCGUGUAAAUGCUGCCGUCGCCGCGAAAGCUUCCAACAACGACGACAGUGCCGACUCCGUGGACUUGGAAUUCGAGGAAAAAGACGACGAGGACAUCUACUUUGCCCCAGAGAAGAACAAUGUCAUUUUCAGCACGGCUACUGAUGGCUGGGCGUUUACGUGUCGUCAAUUUGCCAGCCUAUAUGAAAAGAAGCUUGGCAUCAAGCGCGGCCUUCUCGAAAAGGUUCUUUGGGGAAGCUUCUAUCUGGAUCCCAAAACGAAAAAGGUACUGGGGCCUAAGCAUUUGAAAGGGCGUAAUCUCAAGCCCAUGUUUGUACAGCUGGUCCUCGAGCCUGUGUGGACCGUGUACCAGGCUACGACCGGGGGGGAUAACGGUAAAGGCGACCCAGCUCUGUUAGAAAAGGUCACCAAGUCUCUCAAUAUCACCAUACCACCUCAUGUCCUCAGGGCUCGCGACCCUCGACUUCUCCUUACGAAUGUCUUUGCUUCUUGGCUGCCACUUUCUACGGCAUUGUUAGUUUCGGUCAUUGAGACGCUACCAUCACCGCCUGCUGCGCAGCAAGAGCGUACUCCUGGACUCCUGGACAGCUCACCAGGUGCUUCAAGCAUCGAUCCCCAGAUUCGCGAUGCCAUGACUACAUUCAAGCACGGCAAGUCUGACCCUGUAGUGGCAUAUGUCAGCAAGAUGGUCUCGGUUCCGGAGAGCGAGCUUCCAGAGAACAAGCGCAAAACUGGCCAGAUGACCGGCGAGGAGGCUCGAGACCUGGCGAGAAAGAAGCGAGCUGAGGCUGCCCGAGCUCAAGCAGCUCUGAAAGAGAAUGGUAACGGGGUCGAUUCUAUAACACAGGCGCUCGGAGAGAUUGAUCUUGACGCUCACGUUCCUGAUUCUGAGGAAAAGGAAGUCGACCCCGAACACCUCAUCGGAUUCGCCAGAAUAUAUUCUGGUACUAUAUCUGUUGGUGACAAGCUAUACGUUGUCCCUCCCAAAUGGUCCCCUGCUGAGCCGAACAUCGAGCCGAAGCCGCAAGAAAUUGAGGUCAAGGCUUUGUACAUGUUGAUGGGCAGAAGUUUAGAGGCUCUUGCUUCCGUUCCCGCUGGUGUCGUGUUUGGCAUUGCUGGUCUGGAGGGCAAGAUUCUCAAAUCGGGUACGCUUUGCAGCAAGCUCGAAGGCGCUGUCAACCUUGCCGGUGUUAGCAUGGCCGGCCAGCCCAUUGUGCGUGUUGCACUAGAACCCGUUAAUCCCGCCGAUCUAGACAAGAUGAUUCAAGGUCUUCGUCUACUUGUCCAGAGCGACCCGUGUGCUGAAUACGAGCAAUUUGACAGUGGAGAGCACGUGCUUCUCACCGCUGGCGAACUUCACCUGGAGCGCUGUCUAACAGAUCUCAAGGAACGCUUCGCACGCUGUGACAUCCAAGCAGGAGCCCCCAUCGUACCUUAUCGUGAGACUAUUGUCCGUGCGGAAGAGAUGAAACCACCUGUAAACAAGGACCUUGGUCGCGGUGUUGUUGUCACAGACACCAGCUCCAAGCAAGUCACACUGUCUAUUCGUGUGCGGCCUUUACCCGAAAAUGUCACCGACUUCCUCAACAAGAAUGGCGAUUCAAUCAAGAAGGCCUACUACGAACACUGGCAGCGAAGCACUGGGGACGAUGCUGAAAGCACCGGAGAAGCUAUUGCCGUCGACCCAACCGUCACCUCGAGCACGUUAUUGUCUUCCGAGGAGCUGAAGAAGCAGCUCCAGAAGGAGUUGGAAACAGGCAAAGGCCGCGAUGUCUGGAAAAAUGUCGUCGACCGCAUUGCUGGAUUCGGACCGCGACGAACUGGUCCCAACCUUCUCAUUGAUGCUACCAAGGAUAGUGUGUUGCCUCGGGUAUUUGCGGCGUCCGACUCCAACGACCGGUCUCCCGGUGCUGGAGAGGCUCUGCACCCUAGCCAUCUGGCGGACAAAAUCACGUACGCAUACCAGCUCUUCCUUGCCCAGGGACCGCUCUGCAGUGAGCCCAUUCAGGGUGUUGCCGUGUUUGUGGAGGACGUCACCCUCAAUCUCGCCGAGGACGACACAUCUGCACGCGACAAGCUCGGCCGCCUCACAGGUGAAGUGAUCAAGGCCUUCCAGUCUGCCGUGCGCAUUGGAUUCCUGGACUGGUCGCCCCGCCUCAUGUUAGCCAUGUACACCGUCGAGAUCCAGGCAUCCACGGAAGUGCUCGGUCGCGUCUACGACGUGCUCACGAGGCGACGCGGCCGCGUGAUUUCCGAGACGAUGAAGGAAGGGACCCCAUUCUUCACCAUCCAGGCGCUUCUCCCGGUCGCCGAGAGCUUCGGCUUUGCAGAUGAGAUGCGCAAGCGAACCAGCGGCGCCGCGCAGCCGCAGCUCAUCUUUGCCGGCUUUGAGAUUCUGGACGAGGACCCCUUCUGGGUGCCGUUCACCGAGGACGACCUGGAGGACCUCGGCGAGCUGGCGGACAAGGAGAACGUGGCCAAGCGCUACAUGGACGCUGUGCGCAGGAAGAAGGGUCUGCUGGUGGAGGGCCGGAACGUGGCUACGGAUGCGGAAAAGCAAAAGACGUUGAAGAGAUAG